AUGCUAGGGGUCCUGAUAUGGAUAUCUCCUAGUACCUCCAGGGAUACCAAGAGGCAGGAGGUGCCCGGGGCCUCCUCGCACGCUGCCCGGGGCCUCCUCGUGCGCUGCCCGGGGCCUCCUUGUGCGCUGCCCGGGGCCUCCUUGUGCGCUGCCCGGGGCCUCCUUGCUCGCUGCCCGGGGCCUCCUCGUGCGCUGCCCGAGGCCUCCUUGUGCGCUGCCCGGGGCCUCCUCGUGCCCUGCCCGGGGCCUCCUCGCGUGCUGCCCGGGGCCUCCUUGCUCGCUGCCCGGGGCCUCCUAGCACGCUGCACGGGGCCUCCUCGCCCGCUGCCCGGGGCCUCCUUGCUCGCUGCCCGGGGCCUCCUAGUGCGCUGCACGGGGUCUCCUCGCGCGCUGCCCGGGGCCUUUUGGCGCGCUGCCCAGAGCCUUCUCGCUCGCUGCCCGGGGCCUCCGCGCGCGCUGCCCGGGGCCUCCUCGCUCGCUGCCCGGGGCCUCCUCACGCGCUGCCCGGGGCCUCCUCACGCGCUGCCCGGGGCCUCCUCGCGCGCUGCCCGGGGCCUUUUGGCGCGCUGCCCAGAGCCUCCUCGCACGCUGCCCAGGGCCUCCUCGCUCGCUGCCCGGGGCCUCCUCGCGCGCUGCCCGGGGCCUUUUGGCGCGCUGCCCAGAGCCUCCUCGCACACUGCCCGGGGCCUCCUCGCACACUGCCCGGGGCCUCCUCGCACGCUGCCCGGGGCCUACUCGCACACUGCCCGGGGCCUCCUCGCUCGCUGCCCGGGGCCUCCUCGCACACUGCCCGGAGCCUCCUCGCACGCUGCCCGGGGCCUCCUCGCACGCUGCCUGGGGCCUCCUCGCUCGCUGCCUGGAGCCUCCUCGCUCGCUGUCCGGGGACUCCUCGCUCGCUGCCCGGGGCCUCCUCGCUUGCUGCACGGGGCCUCCUCGUGCGCUGCUUGGGGCCUCCUCACACGCUGCCCAGGGCCUCCUAGCGCGCUGCCCGGGGCCUCCUCGCUCACUGCCCGGAGCCUCCUCGCACGCUGCCCGGGGCCUCCUUGCGUGUUGCCCGAGGCCUCCUCGCACGCCGCACGGGGCCUCCUCGUGCGCUACCCGGGGCCUCCUAGCGCGCUGCCUGGGGCCUCCUCGCUCGCUGCCCGGGGCCUCCUCGCGCGCUGCCCGAGGCCUCCUCGCUCACUGCCCGAGGCCUCCUCGCGCGCUGCCCGGGGCCUCCUAACGGUGCUCGAGGCCUCCUCGCUCACUGCCUGGGGCCUCCUCGCGCGCUGCACGGGGCCAUCUAGCGCGCUGCCCGGGGCCUCCUCGUGCGCUGCCCAGGGCCUCCUCGUGCGCUGCCCGGGGCCUCCUCGCGCGCUGCCCGGGGCCUCCUCGUGCGCUGCACGGGGCCUCCUCGCUCGCUGCCCAGGGCCUCCUUGUGCGUUGCCCAAGGCCUCCUCGCUCGCUGCCCGGGGCCUCCUCGCGCUGCACGGGGCCUCCUCGCUCACUGCCCGGGGCCUCCUCGCUCACUGCCCGGGGCCUCCUUGUGCACUGCACGGGGCCUCCUCGUGCGCUGUUCGGGGCCUCCUCGCGCGCUGCUCGGGGCCUCCUGGCACGCUGCCCGGGGCCUCCUUGCACCCUGCCCGGGGCCUCCUCGCGCGGUGCUCGGGGCCUUCUAGCGCGCUGCCCGGGGCCUCCUCGCACGCUGCCCGGGGCCUCCUCGCGUUCUGCUCGGGGCUUCCUUGCACGCUGCCCAGGGCCUCCUUGCACGCUGCCCAGGGCCCCUCGCGUGCUGCCCGGGGCCUCCUCGUGUGCUGCCCGGGGCCUCCUCGCGCGCUGCCUGUGGCCUCCUCGCGCGCUGCCCGGGGCCUCCUCGCGCUGCACAGGGCCUCCUCGCUCACUGCCCAGGGCCUCGUCGCGCGCUGCCUGGGGCCUCCUCGCGCUCUGCUCAGGGCCUCUUCGCGCGUUGCCUGGGGCCUCCUCGCUCGCUGCACGGGGCCUCCUCGCUCGCUGCACGGGGCCUCCUCGCGCGCUGCCCGGGGCCUCCUCGCGCGCUGCUCGGGGCCUCCUCGCGCGCUGCUCUGGGCUUUCUCGCGCGCUACUCGGGGCCUCCUCGCGCGCUGCUCGGGGCCUCCUCGCGCGCUGCCCGGGGCCUUCUCGCUCGCUGCACGGGGCCUCCUCGCGCGCUGCACGGGGCCUCCUCGCGUGCUGCUCAGGGCCUCCUCGCUCGCUGCCCGGGGCCUCCUCUUGCGCUGCCUGGGGCCUUCUCGCUCGCUGCUCGGGGCCUCCUCGCUCGCUGCACGGGGCCUCCUCGCGCGCUGCACGGGACCUCCUCGCGCGCUGCCCGGGGCCUCCUCGCGGGCUGCCCGGGGCCUCCUCGCGGGCUGCCCGGGGCCUCCUCUCGCGCUGCCUGGGGCCUUCUCGCUCGCUGCUCGGGGCCUCCUCGCGCGCUGCACGGGACCUCCUCACGCGCUGCUCGGGGCCUCCUCGCGGGCUGCCCGGGGCCUCCUCGCGGGCUGCCCGAGGCCCCUCGCGUGCUGCCCGGGUCCGCUACUUACCGCACUUAUGGAUCCAUCCCGCCCGGCAGAACAUCCAGCAGUGGGAGAGCCAGGAAGAAAAAAUUAG